ACAACUUUCGAUUGGUCUAGUUCUAGUACUUAUUUAAAAAAUAAAAUUCUGAUUAUUUUGAUUUUCAAUUUUUGAAUGUUGAUCUGAAAACCAUUUAAUAAAAGGAGCGAAGAAAUGUGGUUUUUUAAUCCGAGAAGAUAAUUCAUUUGAUGGAUUAACGCAGGAAGAAUCACUGGUCACUUUAUCGUAAAAUUGACUGUUUUUGCAGUGUCUGUGUGACAUGAACUAAUGUAAAUGGAAUGAGUAAAUGACAAGUUGUGCAUCAUACAAUGCAGCUGCUAUUUUGAUUUGACGGACUCGCAGCGAUGACACUUGUUCAAACUGAUCUAUAUAACUGCAGAUAAUAACAUACUGCUGACUAAUGAUUAUUUUUCUAAAACGAGCAUCAGUGCGACUCUUUAUGAGAUUUGGAUAGUUUGGAUGCUGCGCUGAAGUGUCCAGAAGAAAAGAUAAUUGAUUUUGCAUUGAUAAAAAUUCUUUUAAAAUGGACAAUACUACCGAGGAUGCAAAUACCGAUGAAUCUAGCGCAAAUAAUGUUAGAUUAUCGUACAAAUCUAAAGUGGCUUACGGAGUCGGACACGUUUUGAAUGACGUUUGUGCAUCUAUGUGGUUUACUUAUCUACUCGUUUAUUUUCAUCUUGUACUUGAAUUUAGCCCUGUCUAUGCUGGUGUGAUAUUACUUAUUGGACAAGUCGCUGAUGCACUUGCAACACCUUUUGUGGGUUUGCAUUCAGAUAAGAAUGACGAUUUCUGGUUGUGUAGAUAUGGAAGAAGAAAAACUUGGCAUUUAACUGGAACUAUUUGUGUGUUGGGAACAUUUCCAUUCAUUUUUAGUCAAUGCCUUGGCUGUGAAGGAUCUCAUCAAUGGGCACAACUUAUAUACUAUUCUGCUUUUGUAAUUAUAUUUCAAUUUGGUUGGGCCUCUGUACAAAUUUCCCACCUAUCAUUAAUUCCAGACCUAACAAAAUUGAGAGAUGAGCGGACUCAUCUCACAGCUAUUCGAUAUAGUUUUACAGUCUUGUCAAAUGUGCUAAUGUACGUAAUAACAUGGGCAAUUCUUCGUGUUACUAGUGAAGAUACACUUCAACAAAUAGGUCCUAAAGAUGCACAUAAAUUCCAACAAAUUGUUCUUAUUGGUAUGGGUAUUGGUUUAUUAUUCACCAUUAUCUUUCAUGUAUGUGUGAAAGAAAAAAAACUAAACAGACUAUUAGAUAAUACUUCUCAAGAACCACAACCUAUACCAUCACCAUUGGCUCUAUUUAAAGACCCAGAGUUGUAUCAAGUUGCAUUAAUUUACAUGCCAACCCGAUUGUUUGUAAAUUUGACUCAAACAUAUGUACCUUUGUAUUUACAUGAAACACUGAAGAUGCCUGGAACAGCUUUAGCUAUUAUUCCAUUGAUAAUGUAUUUGAGUUGUUUUAAAGCUUCAUUCACCAUUCAAUGGAUCAAUAAAAAAUGUGGUAGAAAAAUUGCUUAUUUGAUUGGUGCUUUAAUGGGAUUAAGCUUUUGUGCAGGAAUUUUAUUUGUACCAUAUGAACAGUUGAAAACAUUGUUUAUAUAUCCUUGCUCUCUAUUAUUGGGUGGUGGAGGUUCCAUGAUGCUUGUUACCAGUUUAGCAAUAACAGCAGAUUAUAUUGGGCAAGGUAUAGAAAAUGGUGCUUUUGUUUAUGGAAUUAUGAGUUUUGCAGAUAAGUUAUCCAACGGUAUUGCUGUAAUGGCUAUCCAAUAUAUGCAUUGUACCAGCGGUGACUGCAGUAAUUACUACAAGAACAUAUUAGUCUACGUGUGCGGUGGAGCGGCGAUUUUCGGACUCGUAAUGACUCUUUGUAGAAAAACACCUACCGACUCAUCUAAUGAAAACUACAAUAGUCUCGAGGGUGCAGAAACUCCUCGAGAUGAUAACAUCGCCUCAAAUGCUUGAAAAAACAAAACAGACAAAAAAUGAUUGCCUCUGUUAAGAAAUCGUUACCAUGUAAAUACCAAAAAUACUCGUGUACAGUAUUUGAAAGAAAAUGAUUAAUAUAAAUUGUAAAUAAAAUUUUAUAAAUCUUUCAAGACCUGUACUUAUGAAUGU